GUACCAACGUCCAGUGCACCCAAAACCUUCUCCUCCUCAAGAGGGGCCACUCCCAAGUCCCAACAAAGGCAACAACGACAGUGGAGCAAAUUGACAUCACCACCCAUUCAGCAAUCCCGUGAAUGCCAUCGAUCGAUCCAGUUCUCCAAAUCAGAAACCCCUUUCCUAUUCCAGACAGACACACCAUCCACCAACGCAAAUCAUCCCAUUCGCAGCAUCAACGCAGAAACACAAAUAACAUCACCGCCCCAUUAGCGGAAAAAAUCCCGUGAAUCCCCAUCCGAUUCUCCAAAUACUCAAAAAAAAAAAACCCCCUCUUUCCUAUUCCACUACUCCACACACCUCACUACCUUCCAAAAUUUCCCUAUAAAAUGCAUCCAAGGAAACCCACCAAACCUCCACCCUUUUCAUUCAAAUUCCUUCUCAUCGCCAUGGCCUCCCUCCUCUUCCUCUCUCUCCUCCUUUUUCUCUCUCUCUCCUCCGCCGUCCGCCACCACCACCACAACAACCAUCCUCCAUCCCCACCCACCCACUCCCUAGCCUCGGUCCCGCCCGAAAUCCACCAGGCAUGCACCGCCACCCGGUACCCCGACACGUGCGAGACCUCCCUGGUCCAGUCCAACCACGUGCCGCCCAACCCCACCCCGACCCAAAUCAUCCAAUCCGCCAUCUGGGUAUCCUCCAAAAAUCUCGAAACGGCCCAGUCCAUGGUCCGGGCCAUCCUGGACUCGUCCGCGGGGAAUCUCAACCGCACCACCGCGUCCAAGAACUGCUUGGAAGUCCUCCACAAUUCCGAGUACCGGAUCAAUUCGACGGCCGAGAUCCUCCCGCGCGGCAGGACCAAGGACGUCCGGGCGUACAUGAGCGCGGCCCUGCUCUUCCAGUACGACUGCUGGUCCGCUCUCAAGUACGCGAACGACACCGACAAGGUGAACGAAACGAUGGCGUUUCUGGACUCCUUGAUGGGACUGACGAGCAACGCGCUCAGCAUGAUCAGGUCCUACGACAUAUACGGAAACGAGACCGGCUCGUGGGCGCCGCCAGUCACGGAGCGGGCCGGGUUCUGGGAGGGGUCGGGCGGCGGGUCCGGGUUGGGAUACGACGGCGGGCUGCCCUCGGGUUUGACGGCGGACGUUACAGUGUGCAAGGGGAAGUGUGAUUACGGGACGGUGCAGGAGGCGGUGGAUAAGGCGCCGGAGAACUUGGUCGGGAAGCGGUUCGUGAUAGGGAUCAAGGAAGGGGUGUAUAAGGAGACCGUUAGGGUGCCGUUAGAGAAGAAGAAUUUGGUGUUUUUGGGGGAUGGGAUGGGCAAAACCGUCAUUACGGGGUCGCUGAAUGUCGGCCAGCCUGGGGUUUCCACCUACAACAGUGCUACAGUUGGUGUUCUUGGAGAUGGAUUCAUGGCCAGUGGUUUAACCAUCCAGAAUACGGCAGGGCCCGAUGCUCACCAAGCGGUGGCCUUCCGGUCCGACAGCGAUCUAUCCGUCAUCGAAAACUGCGAAUUCCUCGGUAACCAAGACACUCUCUACGCCCACUCCCUCCGCCAGUUCUACAAAUCGUGCAAAAUCCAAGGCAACGUGGACUUCAUUUUCGGAAACUCAGCCUCCAUAUUCCAAGACUGCCUCAUUCUGGUUCGCCCGAGGCAACUCCAGCCGGAAAAGGGUGAGAAAAAUGCAGUGACAGCACAAGGACGAACCGACCCUGCCCAAACCACCGGAUUCGUGUUCCAAAACUGUGUGGUGAACGGUACCAACGAUUACAUGGCAUUGUACUAUAAAAACCCGAAAGUCCACAAGAACUUCCUCGGGAGGCCUUGGAAGGAGUAUUCGAGAACGGUUUUCAUCGAGUGUAACUUGGAGGCUCUUGUUACUGCCGACGGGUGGUUGCCUUGGAGUGGUGAUUUUGCAUUGGAGACUCUCUAUUACGGCGAGUAUAAGAAUUCUGGGUUGGGAGCCACUUUGACAGGGAGAGUAUCGUGGAGUAGCCAGAUACCGGCGGGACAUAUUUAUUCGUAUUCGGUCGAGAAUUUUAUUCAGGGUAAGGAAUGGAUUCCAACAUCUUCUUCUUGAUUGAUUAAUAGGAACUGGUUGCCGAUGCAUCAAUUUGUAGCAGUAUGCAUACGGGCGAAAGGGAAUUUGAUUGAUGAUCCCUUUAUCAUUUCAAGCUAUUAAGAAUUGAAAUGCUUAUGUAGGAAUGAAGUUCCAAAAUGUUGGUUGGUCACAUUCUCAAGAUUAUGCUAUUCAUAGGUGUGGCAGCACCCAUUGCUAAAGCAAACCAUCAUAUUAUAGAUUGAAGUUUGCUUAUGGAUCAGUAAAUUUGGGUCGUUUAUCUAA